AUGCGAACACUCAUAUCGUUUGCUGUCGUGGCUUUGGGAGCAGCUUCGCCAGUUGCGAAGCGACAGAUGGAUCAGAAGAAACCGCCGUUGCAUUUCUUCGUCUUGUAAGUCAAGAUCGACUGCCCGGAUAUCAGGACCGACUCACAAGGAAACAGCGGCGACUCUUAUUCCAGUACCGAAUUCGAUGUCACAAGUCCAGCUCCGUCAAUAGAACAGCCGCUUGGUUUUCCUCCUGUGGGACACUCGCCAGACGACCUGACUGCAAAUCCUCUAAUAGCAGAGACGUCGACGGCCAAUGGUCCCAACUGGGUUGAAUUCCUCACAGUCCGAGACAAUACUACCGCUACCCUGACAUACGAUUUUGCAAUCAGCGGUGCCUCCAUCCCAGAUGGCUUCACGGACCAGAUUCUGAACGUCUACGAACCAAAAUACUCCUCCCUCUACAGCGGCAACGCAACGAGGCCAUGCACCGCUACUUCAUGGAACAGCAAUUCCAGCAUCUUCGCCUCCUGGAUCGGAAUCAACGAUAUAAACUGGUGCUCGCUGCUCUUCACGAACACUCCAGAUGUCCCCUUUUCCCAAUGCCUCCCACCUCGAAUGGACAGCUACUUCAACCUCAUGGACAACCUAUACAUCACCGGCGCAAGGAAUUACUUCUUCGUAAACAUGCCUCCCCUCCAACGGGCACCCAUGGUCUUCGCACACGGCCAGAGGAUCAUCGACAAUUAUGCACAAGGCGUCGAACUCUUCAACCACCACCUCCUACCGCGUUAUGUCCAGAAUUUCACGGCGAUGCAUCCGGGCAGCAGAGCUAUCGUACAUGAUGCGCAUACUUUCUUUGCGAGGAUACUAGACAACCCGACGUGGUAUGGAUUCAGGGAUAGUAGAUGUUAUAGUUGUAUCGGAUGCUAUAACGUCACGGGCUGCUUCUGGUCGAAUGAUUACCAUCCAGUAUGGCAGGUUCAUGAGCGGUUGGCGGAGGAUAUGGUGGCGAACUUGACGAGUAUAGGCUGGCCCGUCCUGGAAUUUGAGUGA